AUGGACAACAAGGGUCAUGCUGACUUCCUCACGGCGCUCGCGACCAUCGGCGAGGGCUACCACAACUUCCACCACGAGUUCCCCUCCGACUACCGCAACGCACUUCGAUGGUGGCAGUACGACCCGACUAAGCUCUUCAUCUGGACGAUGUCGAAGCUCGGAUUGGCGUCGCAGCUCAGGACGUUCCCCGACAACGAGAUCAAGAAGGGCCAGUACGCCAUCCUGUCCGACCCAGGCUCUGCGCUGUCGUCUCGGCGCCAUGAAAGCGCUUCUUAG